AUGGAGACGGCGCGGGGGGGCGAGGCGUCGUCGUCCGGCGCCGCCAACGUUGCCGGCGGCGGCGGCAUGAAGCGCAGUCCGACCUGGCUCGAGGUAUCCAACCUCAAGCUCGACGCCGGCAUCAAGCGAAGGGACGACUACGAGACCGCAAUCGAGUGGGACUAUCUCACGUCACCGUCGCUGGAGUGCGGACUGACGCACCUCGACCUGGAGCAUCUGCGGGAGGUGGCGGUGCGCCGGGGAUGCGGCGACGACGAGAUCCGACGGUUCGCGUGGCCUCUGGUGCUGGGGAUCGGGCUGGAGCCCGGUGAGCGGGGGGAUCCGGACGAGUACGUCGAUCGCGCGGCGUUCGCGGAGGCGGCGCGCGCGCUCCUGGACGGGGGCGGCAAAGGCAACUCGACGGACGGCGGGGGUGAGAAUUCGGACGACAGCGCCAUGAGCCCGCCCGGGCGGCAGCCCAACGACGCCGCCACGAUCGAGGCGGACGUGCAGCGAUCUCUUUGGGCGUUCACCGAGGGAUGGAGCGAGUCCCGCAGGCGCACCCUGCGAGAUUCCCUGCGCCGAGUCAUCGCCGGCUCGGUCCACGCGCAUCAUCGCGCCAACCCCGGCUGCGUCAAUUACCUGCAGGGCUUUCACUCCAUCGCCGGCGUCAUGCUCGUGUUGCUCAAAGACGAGGCCCUGGCCGCGGCCGCGAUGGAGAGGCUCGCGCUGUACCACCUUCGGGACAGCACCAGGUCCUCGCCGGUCAACCUCCUGGACGCCAUGGAGCUUGUCUCGCCUUUGCUGCGCAGAGCCGACCCGGCGCUGCACGACGCCGUAUUUCGCAAGCACAACGUCCCGACGCACUUCAGCAUCGAGUGGCUGAUGACGUGGCACAUCCACAGCGAUCUGGACGUGUCCAACCGACCCGAAGGCGUCCCUACGUACGACAGCGGCGGGCCCGUCGGGGGCGCGAGACGAAACGCCGCGAGGUUAGCGCGCGCCGCGAGGCUGAUCGACGCGUUUCUGCUCUCUCACCCGUUGUUCAGUUUAUACGUGGGAGUGGCGGAGAUGUGCAGGAUCAAGGAUCAAUUGAUGGCGGUCGAGCACGACUGGGAGAUGUUCCAGCGGCUCAAGAAGCUGCGCAUCGCGACGGACGAGGCGCGGGAGUUGGAGCUGGAGCGGGCGGUGGUGAUGGAGGGGAUGGAGGGGAUGGACGGAGGCGCGGUCGGCGAGACGACGCCGGGGUCUGAGUCGGAGAAGAAGAAGAAGAAGAAGGCGUGGUGGCGACGACGGCCGAAGAUGAAGAAGAAGGGCGUCGCCGGUCCCUCCGUUGGAGAGAGCGGCGGGGAGUCGGACGCGUCGCUGAAGAACCGCGCGGGUGCGAUUGAGCAGGCGAACCCGGUUUCGUCCCCUCUCGGCGCUCAAUCAAAGCCGCCCAAAUCGCCGCCGCCGCCGCCGCUCCCGCCGCGUCACGUGCGCACCGUCUCCGUCGAGAGCAACGUCUCGCGCGGGUCGGACCUGACCGGCGGGUACACCACCGAUGAGGAUCGCGACGGGGUUCGAACCCCCGACCUCGGGUUCUCCCCGCACGCGUUUGACCGACCGUCCUCCGUCGCGGAGACCAUCGGCGAGGCGGAGGGACCGGACGCGAUGCACGACGGCGACUGGGUCGAGCUCGCGAGACUCGACGACUUGCUCCGAUCGGCGCAGGAGUUGUUCGACGCGCACCCGCCGACGUGUCUGUACGAGGACGUCGGGCUCAUACCCCCGUCGGGCAGCGCGUGCACCAUGUACCCGUACCCUUGGUGGUUCCACGGUUUCCACCUCGAGGACGUCGCGCCGGCGGCGAUGAACGCGCUGGACGAGAAGGAGAAAAAACGUGACAAGGACGCCAAGAGGGAUGGACAAUGGCGUGGCGGCCGCGUGCGCGUGGACAGGUCGUGGAGGGACGAGCUCGCGCACGAGAGGCGAGGGGACAUGGCUCGAUCGCCGCUGCCGGCGGAUAUCGCGCGGGGACCGCCGCCGAUCACGGACGACUCCCUCGCGAUCCAGUCCGCCACGUCAGCAGCUGCGCCGCGUCAUCGUCGCGUCUACGCGGGCGACCGGCGGUGGGACAAGGCCCCGCCCGGUCUCCCCGAACGGAUCCGAAACUUCAUCGCCGAGGGCUCGUCCACGCGGGUGGCGGCGGCGGUGGUGUUCCUCGCGAUCGUGUGCGACUUGUAUUCGACGCUGUACGUGAGCGACACGUGCGGGACGAGCCUCGCCGCCGCCGCGCCCAUCAACGGCGGCGUCUGCGUGGCUCGCGCGUACGAGACCAUGCGAACGUACGUCUUCUUCGCGAGGUGCUACCACUGGACCGCGUGGUUCCUCGACCUGUUCACGGAUCCCAUCUUUGGACAGCUGUACGCGUUUGUCUUGCGGGUGGCGGCGGCGAGGGUGGCGUGGGCGAGCGAGCUCGUUCCCGUGCCGGGCGGCGCGAGGCGGGUGGUCCAGGCGCUCACGUCGGGGCUCGGACCGAGAACCGGGCCCGUCGCGCUGUAG